AUGUCUUCAAAUGUAUCAAAAACCGCUUUACCACUCCGGGAUCACACGCUUUCAACUGGGCCAGACGCUCCAAACCCAUUGAAUCGUGCCGAUGAAGUAGAAGAUUUACUCAAUGCCGUUCAAUCGCUCAUCAUUCCUUUCAUCAAAUCGGCCGAUGAAGAUGCCAUGACCAAACACACCGGUCAUGGAAAAGCCAUUCCUGGUGGAGGUCCGCGAACCACUCUUCUCGAACAUCACAAACCAGAGAAAUUACUCCAACUGCUAGAUUUCAAUCUUCCCAUCAAUGGAAAAGGAAAAGAGGGUUUAUUAUCAUCCAUCGAGCAAGUGCUCAAAUACAGUGUGAAUACGUGGGAUCAAGGAUUCUUAGAUAAACUGUAUGCAAGCACCAAUGCGGUAGGAAUUAUCUCGGAAUUAAUAUUGGCCGUUUUAAAUACAAAUGUUCAUGUAUACCAAGUUUCCCCUGCCUUGACCAUUAUUGAAAAAACCACGGCAAAAGCCUUUGCCAAUCUUUUCGGUUUCAAUGGUCCUCACGCAGGAGGGAUCUCAACUCAAGGUGGUUCGGCUUCAAACACUACCUCCAUGAUCAUUGCCCGCAAUACCCUCUUCCCAGACACAAAACAAAAUGGAAAUGGAAAUCAUCAAUUUGUUCUCUUCACUUCGGCUCAUGGUCACUAUUCCCUGGAAAAAGCCGCUCAAAUGUGUGGUCUGGGAUCCAAUAACGUGAUUCCCGUCCCCGUCGAUCCUCAAGGUCGUAUGAUUCCCUCUGAACUCGACUCCCUCAUCAAAAAGAGCAUUUCCGAGAACAAAACUCCCUUUUACGUAAAUGCCACCGCCGGAACCACCAUCUAUGGUUCCUACGACCCCUUUACCGAAAUCUCCGCCAUCUGUAAAUCCCACAACCUCUGGUUCCACAUCGAUGCUUCAUGGGGUGGUCCCGCCAUUUUCUCUCCCACCCACGCCUCCAAAUUAAAAGGUUCUCACCUCGCCGACUCUCUAGCCGUAAACCCGCAUAAAAUGUUAAAUGUCCCCGUAACCUGUUCCUUCCUCCUCGCACCCGAUAUCUCAAAAUUCCACAAAGCAAACACUCUCCCCGCAGACUACCUCUUCCACACCAUCGAAGACGGAGCCGAAGUUUGGGACCUCGCAGAUCUCACUCUGCAAUGUGGUCGUCGUGGAGAUUCUCUCAAACUAGCUCUCUCCUGGAUCUACUACGGUACAUCGGGUUUCCAGCAACAAAUCGAUCAUGCUUUUUCCGUGGCAGAAUAUUUUGCCCAGUUGGUAGAGGACCAUAGUGAUCUGGUACUUGUUUCGCAAAAUCCACCGCCCUGUUUGCAGGUUUGUUUCUACUAUGCAAAGGAGGGGAAGCUAGGGGACAAAGAACAAAAUACGAAAAUCACACAGGAUGUAGCGCAGAAAUUGUUGACGAGAGGAUUUAUGGUGGAUUAUGCGAGUGGGGAAAAGGGGAAAUUUUUCAGGGCGGUGGUGAAUGUUCAGACGAGACGGGAAACAAUGGAGGGGUUAGUGAAGGCUAUUGUGGAGAUUGGAGAGGGUGUUGUUGUGUAG